AUGAAGUGCAUCGCGGACGGCGUCGUCGUGGACAUCAGCGCGAAUCAAUUCGGAGGGCUGGCGACGCUCGGGUUUCUGGAGGAGGUGGACGCGUUCAUCGCGCGCGACGGAAUCUUCAAGCGGUCGAUCAUUCUCAUCAAGGCGUGGGGGUUCUACGAGGGGAGGGUUCUCGGCGCUCACCACGCGUUGAUAUCCACGUACGCGCUCGAGACGUUGGUGCUGUACGUCUUAAACGCGUAUCACGAGGAGCUGUCCACGCCCCUGGAGGUUUUGCACAAGUUUUUGACGUACUUUGCCGACUUCGAGUGGGACGCGUACGCCGUGAGCAUCCACGGGCCGGUGCGUCUGGACGCGCUCGAGAAGGGCGUGCGCGACGCGGACGCGCCCGCGCGCGGGCCGCUGCUCACGCCCGCGUUUACGAAGCGCGUGCUGGAUAAAUACGGCAACGACGCCAUCAUCAACGCGGAGAAGGGUCAGGCGGGUCCCGGCGGCGGCGGAAACCGCCGAGCGAUGCAGCCCAAGCACCUCAACGUGAUCGACCCUCUUCUUCCGUCGAACAACCUCGGGCGCUCCGUGUCGCAGGGAAACGCGAAGCGGAUACAGAAAGCGUUGCGUUUGGGCGCGGCGAAGCUGACGAGCCUACGGAACGCGAUGCGAGACGGGGUGUCGUGCGAGCUCAACGCGGUGCGCGUGCUGGAGCACUUUUUCGGGUGCACGAUCCGGCAUCGCCGCGACGUGCCGCUGCCGUCCGCGCCGGCGACCCCGGGCGGGUGCUUGCACCCAGACGAGACGUCGCUGACGCCGAUGGGGACGCGCGGGUUCUUGAGGAGCGGCGCGGUGAGCGUGCUCGCGUCGCCGUCGCCGUCGCCGUCGCCCGGGCGACGCGGCGGCGGCGGCGCGGCGUAUUCGGCGGCGUAUUCGCCGCUGAAUCAUUCGUCGUCGCCGCGCGCGCGGCAGGCGGCGGCGGCGGCGGGCGGGAGAUCGAACGCGAGCGGGAAGUCCAAGAAGAGCGACGGCGGGAUCGGAACGAACGGCGAGGAGGACGGCGUCAUCGAGCCGCGGCGGCUCGAUAAGUCCCUGAGGGGCGGCGCCGGCGGGAACGGAGGGUCCUCCUCCGACGGCGCCGCCGCCGCGGAGUCGUGGCCGCACCUCGGCCCGUCGUCGCCGGAGCGCGGCACCGCGGUCGGAAGCCGGUGUCCCGUCGUGCAGACGCAGGACCUGCACGAGGAAGAGCGAGGGCCGUUCUGGGGGCGGUGGGACUCGCUCCCGAGCGGGGAGAUCGAGGCGAUGCGACGCGCGGAGGCGGCGGCGCGCGCGGGCCAGCGCGGGGGGUGCCCGAUGGGCCACGGCGCCGCGGGACUCCCUUCCCAGAGUGAUCAUAAACCCCGGCGAUCGUCCGAGGUGGACACGGACUCGACGCGCGUCGCCGGCGUGGAGCAAGUCGCGGCGAUGGUGAAGCGCCCGCCGCCGCCGCCGCCGCCGCCGCCGCCGCCGCCGUGGCGGCACAACCCAGAGCGCAUGCGGCGCGAGAUGAGCUGCCCGACGUUCUUCCCGGAGCCGCCCGCGCCGAUGCCGCGGCCGCCCGCGCCGGCGAUGCCGCCGCCCGCGGUGACGCCGAAGCGUAAGGCGGGUCCGAGGGUCAAGACGAAGACGGCGACGAUCGCGGCGGCGGCGGAGGAGGAGGAAGAAGACGCCCCGAGAGACGUCUUCACCGGAGAUCUCGAGAGCAUCUGGCGUCACCUGGAGUUUGGCAGGCACUACCACCACCUCGCGAUGCAGCGGCGGUUCACGCAGAUGUCCGGAACCGCGCCGCACGGCGGCGGCGGGCGAGAUCCUCGCGGGCGGGCGCACGCGGGGUUCGCGAAGCACGCGCCGCCGCCGCCGCCGCCGCCGCCGCGCGUGCGGCCGGGGCAUCACCGCACCGGGUCGUGGAACGGGGGCGCGUCGUUCCAUCUUCCAGGGCAGCCGCCGCCACCGCCGGGCCCGCCUCCGGGCCCGCCGCCCGCGCGACGGCACCAGCAUCAGCACGGCGGGAAGGGCGGGAAGCCGCGGCACGAGCGACGGGACUCAUGGGGGAGCCGUUCGGAUCGAUCGGACGCGUCGGAUUCGUCGUCCGCGGCGGAGCGCGGGGGAGGGGGACGGCGCAGCGAGGACCGGAUCGGGAACUGGAGCAAGCUCGUGAAGACUGCGGUGGACGCUCCGCCGCUUCCGCCGGGCCCGCCGCCGGUCGGAGCGGCGACGGCGACGUCGCGCCCUCCCGCGCCGCCGAAGAGGACGCGUUCGCCGGCGCCGACGCCGGCGGCGUGCGCGCCGAAGUGGGGGCCGAGAGGGUCCGCGCCGCUGG